CCCGUUACAACUAGUCACACCUGUUACAACUAGUCACACCUGUUACAACUAGUCACACCUGUUACAACUACUCACACCUGUUACAACUACUCACACCUGUUACAACUACUCACACCUGUUACAACUAGUCACACCUGUUACAACUACUCACCUGUUACAACUACUCACACCUGUUACAACUGGUCACACCUGUUACAACUAGUCACACCUGUUACAACUACUCACACCUGUUACAACUAGUCACACCUGUUACAACUAGACACCUGUUACAACUAGUCACACCUGUUACAACUACUCACACCUGUUACAACUACUCACACCUGUUACAACUAGUCAGACCUGUUACAACUAGUCAGACCUGUUACAACUAGUCACACCUGUUACAACUAGUCACACAUGUUACAACUACUCACACCUGUUACAACUAGUCACACCUGUUACAACUAGUCACACCUGUUACAACUAGUCACACCUGUUACAACUAGUCACACCUGUUACAACUACUCACACCUGUUACAACUAGUCACACCUGUUAAAACUACUCACACCUGUUACAACUACUCACACCUGUUACAACUAGUCACACCUGUUAAAACUACUCACAUCUGUUACAACUAGUCACACCUGUUCCAACUAGUCACACCUGUUCCAACUAGUCAGACCUGUUACAACUAGUCACACCUGUUCCAACUAGUCAGACCUGUUACAACUAGUCACACCUGUUCCAACUAGUCAGACCUGUUACAACUAGUCACACCUGUUACAACUAGUCACACCUGUUCCAACUAGUCAGACCUGUUACAACUAGUCACACCUGUUCCAACUAGUCACACCUGUUACAACUACUCACACCUGUUACAACUACUCACACCUGUUACAACUAGUCAGACCUGUUACAACUAGUCACACCUGUUCCAACUAGACACACCUGUUACAACUAGUCACACCUGUUCCAACUAGUCAGACCUGUUACAACUACUCACACCUGUUACAACUACUCACACCUGUUACAACUAGUCACACCUGUUACAACUAGACACCUGUUACAACUAGUCACACCUGUUACAACUACUCACACCUGUUACAACUAGUCACACCUGUUCCAACUAGUCAGACCUGUUACAACUACUCACACCUGUUACAACUAGUCACACCUGUUACAACUAGUCAGACCUGUUACAACUAGUCACACCUGUUCCAACUAGACACACCUGUUACAACUAGUCACACCUGUUCCAACUAGUCAGACCUGUUACAACUACUCAGCUGUUACAACUAGUCACAACUGUUCCAACUCAUCACACCUGUUCCAACUAUUCACAUCUGUUACAACUAGUCACACCUGUUAAAACUACUCACAUCUGUUACAACUAGCCACACCUGUUACAACUCGUCACACCUGGCACUCUCUCUCUCUUGUUUUCACACACAUUUGUUAUGUUCUAUCCUCAUGGGGACCUAAAAUGUUUUUCUUUUCAAAAUCCUAUUUUCCCUAACCCCUAACCCAAAACCCUAAACCAAAUCACCUAACCCUACUCUACUAACCCCGUACCCUAAUUCUAACCCUAACCCCUAAACUUUAAAUAACCUUUGUCAUCAUGGGGAAGUGGGAAAUCUCCCCACAAACCAAGCCGCACGCACACGCACAAACACACUUUCCAUAGUUGGAGUGGGGAGGCCAGUGUAUCACCUGUUCGUCUGUCAUCACCCCUCUCUCUGGUGAAUGGACUUUUCCAUCACACUGACUGGUUGGCUGAGAAGUGAGAACACACACGCUGACAGACUGGCCAGUCGAUCUCUGACACACACUGUCUCCUGAUUACCUCAUUGUGUGUGCUGGCCCGUCUUUCUUUUCCCGGUGUUAACGGUUCCGGUACAUUAACAGCCAGCUGUUGUCGGAGCGCACGUACACCUCCUCUCUUACAUUACCCUCCAUCUCUCCCCCAUCCGUCCAUCUCCCUGUCCGUCCAUCCUCCUCACUCAUUCUGUUCUCAGAUGUGUGGUAGAUGAACAUGUGUGAUAAGCAGGUAUAUUAAAGGGACUGAUACACUGUAGGGAGUUAGUUUGUGCACAUUAGUUUGUGCACAGACACAGAACAGGAAGGAGCACACAACAGGACAGGAAGGAGCACACAACAGGACAGGAAGGAGCACACAACAGAAUAAAACAGCUGGUUUCACAUUUUUUGUUUGUUUCAUUAAUUUCCUUCCCACCUUCUAAAAUGUGUAAAGGACUGUCCUCCCUUCCCUCGUCAUGCUUGGAGAAAGCAAAGGGGAUGCGGGUGAAGUUGAGCCACCUGGCUGACAAACAGGAGUGGACACAUCACAAACACAGGGUCCAUGAGGACAGGACUCUUCAGGGUCUGGAGUCUCUACUCAACGGCAAGAUUGGCCAGAAAGCUUUCCUCUGGUUCCUGCAGUCUGAGUUCAGUGAGGAGAACCUGCAGUUCUGGUUGGCCUGUGAGGAGUACAGGGUUACCCCCCCAUGGCAGCAGGGGGCCAAGGCCCAGUCUAUGUACUGCCAGUACAUCAACCCUGGUUCACCACAGGAGGUGAACCUGGAUGCUGAGACCAGGGAGGCUCUACUGAGAGUGAUGGAGGAGCCUGCAGGCGACACAUUCCACGAGGCCCAACAACACGUCUACCACCUGAUGGCCAAAGACUCUUAUCCUCGCUUCCUGCGCUCCCCACACUGCCUGGAGGCCCUUAGGGUUCCUUAGAUAUUCCACAGCGCCACCUGCUGCCCCGGAGGACCACACAACAUAAUAACAAGCUGUGUUAUAUGACUACAUUCGAACUUAUACCAUUUAUAUUUAUACUCAAGUCUUAGUAUACACUCAUAUGUGAGUAGUAAGAUGUUUGUGUUUAUCAUAAAUGUGGAAUAACUAUGGUAUGUGUCCAUGCAGUUCUUAAUCAAGUGUUUUGACAGGAAAUGAGAUCAUGAGUAUUCUAGUCAAAUCAAAUUGGUCACAUACACAUAUUUAGCAGAUGUUAUUGGUCACAUACACAUAUUUAACAGAUGUUAUUGGUCACACACACAUAUUAGCAGAUGUUAUUGGUCACAUACACAUAUUUAGCAGAUGUUAUUGGUCACAUACACAUAUUUAGCAGAUGUUAUUGGUCACAUACACAUAUUUAGCAGAUGUUAUUGGUCACAUACACAUAUUUAGCAGAUGUUAUUGGUCACAUACACAUAUUUAGCAGAUGUUAUUGGUCACAUACACAUAUUUAACAGAUGUUAUUGGUCACACACACAUAUUAGCAGAUGUUAUUGGUCACAUACACAUAUUUAGCAGAUGUUAUUGGUCACAUACACAUAUUUAGCAGAUGUUAUUGGUCGAAUACACAUAUUUAGCAGAUGUUAUUGGUCGAAUACACAUAUUUAUCAGAUGUUAUUGGUCGAAUACACAUAUUUAUCAGAUGUUAUUGGUCACAUACACAUAUUUAUCAGAUGUUAUUGUCCGAAUACACAUAUUUAACAGAUGUUAUUGGUCGAAUACACAUAUUUAACAGAUGUUAUUGGUCGAAUACACAUAUUUAGCAGAUGUUAUUGGUCGAAUACACAUAUUUAGCAGAUGUUAUUGGUCACAUACACAUAUUUAACAGAUGUUAUUGGUCGAAUACACAUAUUUAGCAGAUGCUAUUGGUCGAAUACACAUAUUUAACAGAUGUUAUUGGUCACAUACACAUAUUUAGCAGAUGUUAUUGGUCACAUACACAUAUUUAGCAGAUGUUACUGGUCACAUACACAUAUUUAGCAGAUGUUAUUGGUCACAUACACAUAUUUAGCAGAUGUUACUGGUCACAUACACAUAUUUAGCAGCUGUUAUUGGUCACAUACACAUAUUUAGCAGAUGUUAUUGGUCACAUACACAUAUUUAACAGAUGUUAUUGGUCACACACACAUAUUAGCAGAUGUUAUUGGUCACAUACACAUAUUUAGCAGAUGUUAUUGGUCACAUACACAUAUUUAGCAGAUGUUAUUGGUCGAAUACACAUAUUUAGCAGAUGUUAUUGGUCGAAUACACAUAUUUAUCAGAUGUUAUUGGUCGAAUACACAUAUUUAUCAGAUGUUAUUGGUCACAUACACAUAUUUAUCAGAUGUUAUUGUCCGAAUACACAUAUUUAACAGAUGUUAUUGGUCGAAUACACAUAUUUAACAGAUGUUAUUGGUCGAAUACACAUAUUUAGCAGAUGUUAUUGGUCGAAUACACAUAUUUAGCAGAUGUUAUUGGUCACAUACACAUAUUUAACAGAUGUUAUUGGUCGAAUACACAUAUUUAGCAGAUGCUAUUGGUCGAAUACACAUAUUUAACAGAUGUUAUUGGUCACAUACACAUAUUUAGCAGAUGUUAUUGGUCACAUACACAUAUUUAGCAGAUGUUACUGGUCACAUACACAUAUUUAGCAGAUGUUAUUGGUCACAUACACAUAUUUAGCAGAUGUUACUGGUCACAUACACAUAUUUAGCAGCUGUUCUUGCAGGUGUAGGGAAAUGCUUGUGUUCCUAGCUCCAACAGUAGUAUCUAACAUUUCACUGAGUAACUAGUCUUACUAGAUGCUCUUCUAUAGAGGGAGUUAUAACUGUAUUACUAUUAUAAACAUGUAUGUGCCCAGGAUUACGUGUAUGUGCCCAGGAUUACGUGUAUGUUCCCUCGGAUUACAUGUAUGUGCCCAGGAUUACAUGUAUGUGCAGAGUUCAUUGGAUCGCAUGCUGAACUAGAGUGAAAUGUAGCCUAAACGAGAAACCUGUCUACUUUAUGUUGUGGGGAGGUUAGGGCUGUACAUUUCCCCUAACUUAACAGAAAUCCUGGUUGGAAGAUUCCCUGUCAUCUGAAUGGAGCUCCUCAGAUCUUCCCUGUCUUCUCUCUACUGUUCUCUAUCUGUCCAAUAAAACCACCAAAAACACA